GCAAGCAUUGCCUCAUUUUACAAUUUCCAUUGUACGACUUCAUCCAACACAAGCAUGAAGGCCUUCCUCAUCCUUGCGACGGCUGCGGCCACGGUCUCGGCCAAGGUCGCUAGCUCGGUCCUCCGCCAGCUCGAAGUCAACGGCAAGUCGGAUGUCUUUGUGCGCUUUGCCGACCCGUCCGCGGCCCUCGAAGCCGCGACGCUCGAGAACAAGCCGCUUGAGCGCCAAGAGGUCUUUGAGAUCCUCUCGGAUGUCACGACCACAGGCCACAAGAGCAUCGAAGCCCUCACGGCCGGCUACAAGGUCACGCCCACGUGGCUCGUCACGGGCGCGUUCAUUGACGGCGCCGACAAAGACCUCAUCGCCAAGCUCUCGCAAAGCAAGGCGAUCAAGUCGGUCGAGCACCUCCCGGACAUUGAGCUCGAACCGCUUUUGACCAAGGAGGUUGACGCGCCGGCGGCCAACAUCACCAACCAGUGGGGUGUCAACACGGUCGGCGCCCCGGACGUGUGGAAGAACUUCAACGGCAAGGGCGUGGUCAUUGGCUCCAUCGACACGGGUGCGCGCCACACGCACAACUUGAUCAAGGACUCGUGGCGCGCCGACCGUGGCUGGUACGACCCGUACAACCAGACCGCACUCCCGGAAGAUCUCGGUGGCCACGGUACGCACACCAUCGGUACGAUGACCGGCAAGGACGGCUAUGGUGUCGCGCCGGGUGCGCAGUGGAUCUCGUGCCGCGGCUUGUACAUCAAGAGCGGCUCGUCGCAGGCGCUCAUCCAGUGCUUUCAGUUUAUGAUGUGCCCGACGCGCACGGACGGCACGCACCCCGACUGCUCCAAGGGCGCCCACGUCAUCAACAACUCGUGGGGCAGCGCCAAGUUCAACCCUGUCUACGAAGAAGCGGUCGCCGCCCUCCGCAAGGCUGGCAUCACGCCCAUCUUCUCCAACGGCAACAGCGGCCCGGCCUGCGGCACGACCGGUAACCCCGGCACGUACCCCAACGUCAUCUCGGUCGGUGCGAUUGGCUCGUACGACGACGAGCCGACGAAGCUUGCGUACUUCUCGUCCAAGGGCCCUGGCACGUACAUUGAUGCGCACAACGUCCAGCAGACGGUCGUCAAGCCGACGAUCUCGGCGCCCGGCUUCUUUACGCUCUCGGCCUACAACACGGGCGACUCGGCGGUCAAGUACCUCGCCGGUACGUCGAUGGCGGCGCCGCAUGUCGCCGGUGUCGUCGCACUCCUCAAGUCGGCCAAGAUCGACUUGACGUACGAAGAAAUCUACGCCUACUUGACGCAGACCGCCGACCAAAAGAUGCUCGAGGGCGAGCCCAAGGAGUGGGUCGUGCCCAACAACAAGAACGGCACCGACAUCUACCCGGGUGCGCCCAACUGCGGCGGCGUCGACGACACCAAGUGGCCCAACAACCGUUAUGGUUACGGCCGUGUCAACGUGGCCAACAUCCUCAAGGAUGGCAAGUUUGUCUCGAUCACGACGCCCGCGCCGACGACCAAGGCGCCGGCCCCCGAGCCCGUGAGCGCCAAGUUGUGCACGUACAAGAAGACGGUGCUCUCCGAGUGGAACAGCCAGCUCUUCGUCGACACGAUCAAGAACAACAAGAACGAGGGCUUCGUCAUCGACCUCAAGAACAACAUCAUCCAGUCGGCGAGCUCGGAAGAUGGCUGCUUGUCGCUCAUCAAGGACGCCACCAACACCAACUCGGUCGCGCUUGCCAAGUGCACCGGUGACGCCACGCAGAUCUGGAAGUUUGACACGGUCGCCAAGCGCAUCGUCCAUCCCCAGUCCGGCUUUUGCUUGACCUCCAACGCCGCCAAGCUCGGUGCCGGCCCCAGCGUCGCCCCGUGCUCGCCCAGCGCCGUGAGCCAGUACUUUGACCAGUGCGACAACGUCAAGGAGAAGAGCUACGUCAAGCUCAUCACCAAGAACAACAAGGUCAUCUCCGAGUUUUACUCGGGCGUCUACGCCGACUGGGUCUCGGACUCGGUCAACGAGCUCUUCACGUACGACAACAAUGCCAAGACGCUCCAGGUCGCCAGCAACGGCGAGUGCCUUGACGCUUUCCGCGACGGUGACAAGUUUGGUCUCCACACGUACGCGUGCGACGCUACCAACGGCAACCAGAAGUGGAUCAUCGAUGCCGGCAACCACAAGAUCAAGCACGCGACGCACAACAACUUGUGCUUGGACGUGGACCCGACCAACCCGACGCACGCGGCGCAGGUGUGGGAGUGCCACGACUGGAACACCAACCAGUGGAUCGAUGCCGUCCAGUACUAAGCAGCCGUUGCUAUUCUUUAGCAUCUUUGAGUUUAUACUGGUAUUGUAUCAAGUAAUACACCCUUUUUGAUUCCAUACAUGAA